GUGAUGAAAUUGUCUAGAUCAAAAUUUAGUCUAUAAUGCAAAUGGUCCAUUACGAACAGGUUAAUAUGAAACUUGUCUCCUUUUUUUCCCACAGGACAAUGGCAUGGAUAAUGAGUUGAUGAACUUGGCGCUACUCAGUAAACCUCAAGACAUGAUUGAUGUUGCAAGGUAAACAUUAUUGUUCGGUGAGGAAAGGGGCUGAAAUUUACGCCAUUCCGUAUUACACGGGCCAGGGGACAUUUUUUGAAAAUUUAUGGUUGAUAGAAGAAGAAUAUCUUGAAACAGACAUAUCAAAAUUUAAGGGGAGGUUUACAAGGCAGGUUUUGAGAUAUCCAUGAACAACGACUACAGAAAAUCCGUCCGUAGAAUUUCUUGAAAUUUUGUUGUUUUACCAAAUUCGUAAUGCUCAGCAAAUGAGUGCAAAGUUUAAAAAAAAUCACCGGAGGAAACGCAAGAAAAAUAGCCCUAAAGUCCAGUUUAAUAACAUACCUACAGUUUACGUUUCGGAAAUUCAUUGUUGGUUUGUUAAGCGUACUAAUCUUUCAACUAAUUUGCUGUUUUGUACAAAAAAUAUUGUAGAAACUUAAAAAUAUCGUGUUGUAAUGGCAACACUUGACGCCAACGGGUGCCUGCGUUUAGUAUUGGCCAAUUAGUGUAGUUAAAUCAAUGUUUGGAAAAUGUAAGCGACAGGUUGCUGCACACAUGUAUUUCUAUCACAUAAACGAUUGGAUGGCAUGGGAUUUUCAAUACGAUGUGUAGACUAUGAACCAUAGAUAUCUUAUAUACACUAGAUAGCGCAUCUCGUUUAGUAAAAUUGAAGCCAAGAAUAUUCCAGCGGUUACCCCCAUUUGAAUAGAUGGCGGCCAUGUUGGUCGUUCCCACUUGCUAAUAAACGCUUAAAAACAACAAUAACUUUCAUCAUUUGAAUAGUUUAAAAACGUAUUUGGAAUAGGGUUAACUUAAUGUUUAAGUUACCUGUCUAAGAAAUAGAAAACAUACGAAUCUUCUCAUUUCAUGGGAACGACCUGAGUCUGCAAUCACGGCUUCAAUUUUUGAAUUGCAGAAUAAUUAGAUGCACUAUCUAGUGUAUAUAAGAUAUCUAUGCUAUGAACAUUCCAACCACUAGCUCGUUGCUUGAUAGCCUGGAGAGUGGAGAACAGUGGGAUUUAAAAAAAAAAAUGGGAAAACAAUGAAACUCUCCAACCACUGCAUCGUAACAGAAUGGCAUGGAGAACAGUGGGAUUCUCAAAACAAUAAAAACACAAUGGAACGUUCGAUCACUGCAUGAUCGUGACUAAAUGACACUACUGUUAUAUGUUAAGGCACUAUAUACAAGGACUAAUAAACCAUGCAAUUAAUUGAUUUUUUAUUUUCCUCACUAGAUAUUACGAGAGCAACUCAAAUAUGUUGGACAAGGCAGUGAUCCUCUACCACAAGGUUUUUAAUUAUUUAUUUUACAGAUUUUGCCAUUUAACACAAACUAUGACACAAAAUUAGUUACACAAUAGAUUACAUGGCUGGAAUUACCACACAGAGAUUAGUUCUCGAAUAACGGGGUUCCAAGACAUUCGAAAAAUAUUUAUUGAUUAAAACUUGUCAAGGAAAACUUUCCGGUCUUCAUUGAGCAUUUGGCUCCGUUUUAUUUCUCUUAUAUUUUUUAUUCUCAUUCAUUUCUUCCAUGCAUGCCUUUGUGGGAUGUUAUGUGGGAAAACGUUUUGUGGAAUGAAAAUUAGUUGUAUCAAAAUAGGUUGUAUUAAAAUUGCUUGAUUUAUGCAUGAUACAGGACUUUAUUCGCUGGACAGUCUCCGAGUGUCCUUUAGUGAACCUCAUACCAAGAGAUUUGCGCUUGUAGCUCAAGCUGCAUGUAACCGCAAGCGCAGAAGCCGUGGGUACGAGGUUGCCCUCUGCGGUAGUUGAAAGUAAUAUCAUGCAUUGGUAAGGGAGUAGAAUAAAUUAUGUUCGUAAUUUCUGGCCAUGGCAGACUAUAGCUUAGACCCACUUGUAAAGAUAUAUCGUUCGCCGCCACCAUGUUCCAUAUAAUUUGUUUAAAACUAUAUUUUUUUCUAGGCUGGUGAGGUGUCGAAAGCUCUAGACCUGUGUUUCAAGACUGAGCAGUUUUCAGCGUUACAAAUGGUGGCAGAAGAUCUCACGGAAAAUACAGAUCCUGAAAUGCUCACAAGAUGUUCGCAGUUCUUUAUGGAACAUGGACAGUAUGAUAGAGCUGUUGAACUGGCUGUCUUGGGGAAAAAGGUACGUUAGACCUGGAAAACAGUGGGAUCUUGGGAUCCUGAGGAAUAUUUGGCUUGAUGAGGAUAGGGUUGGGCGAUAUUAAAAAAAAUCAUCUCAC